CUUUGACUUGGGGCGCGUUUUCGUCUGAGUGCGAGGUCUGUGGUAUUUUAUUUGUUUUUAUAAGUCAGUCCAAGUCAGUCUGUGGUGUUUUUUCGAGGUUAUAGAUCUCAAACCGGAUACAAAUAGAAAUAUUAGGGCUGCGGAAGCUAUGGCUUCACUUACAAAAAGCCAGCUUAUCAAUGAGUUGAUCAAUCACGGCGUGACUCCUCCUUCCCCUUCUGCGAAGAAAGAUAGGCUGGUGCAGCUUUAUGAGAAGCAUGUUGCUCCCCAUCAGGAAGCUGCAGGAGAAUUUUCCAGCGAUGACGAAGGACCCGCAAAACAGCAAAAUGGAGAUGAGGGAUCAGUGUCAUCAUUGGCCACUGAUGUCUCCGAGCUGAACAAUGAGGAGCUGGCCGAACACCUCAGAUCUCAUGGUGUCAACGUGGGACCUAUUGUUGGUUCUACUCGCCGACUAUACGAGAAGAAGCUCUCCAAGCUACUGGGUGAGACUGCUGUUGACGGCGCCGCCGCCGAGCGCACCACCACCACCCGCUACAGCACGCGCACCGUCACCACUGUGGUGAACGGUAGCGGCGGCGGUGACGAGUACUCGGACAGCGAGCCGGAACUGGAGCCGGAGCCGGAACGGCGCCCCGAGCCAGAGCCGGAGCUGAGGAAGAGACGCACCGUGGACGCGGCUCCUCGAGGAUACAGUUACAAGUAUAGAUCAUCCAGAGCCGCGGCCGAGGCGUCCUCCUCUUCCAGCAGUGCCCGCGCCGCUCCCUCGGAGCCGCGCGGCCCGGCCGUCCGUGCAGUCUUCCUGCGGGAUAACGGUGACCAGCCGAGCCCGCGGCGCGGAGUUCGCGAUGUGCGCGGAUCGUACCCGCAGGAGCAGUACCUGAUCACCAAGACCGCUGCCGCCAGCAGCUACGCAGGCGCGGACCUGACCGACAGCCGAGCUGCGCCGUCACUGCCACGGAAGGAAGCCCCCGGCUCCGGUGGCUGGCUGCGCGCCCUGGUCAAACUGAGCGUGCUUCUGAUCCUGAUCGCCGCUGCAUACUACUGCUACCAGCACUACAACGAGGCGCCGAGCUUCGAGGAGCUGCAGAAGGCGGCCCGUGACGCGGUGCACCGCGCUGCUGAGAAGGUGGACGGCCUGCGACAGGCCGCCGCCGGAGCCGCUGCCGGUGAGCAGACCACUCAGACCUAGCCAGCCAGCCGACCGCCUGCCUGCCGCUGCCUGACCCGGACCAGUUCAAAUCAUCGCGCGUCCUCCCCCGGUGACGACUCACCCCUGCUGCCUGGGUAUAGCUUGACCGUGCGGGAUGGUCCCACACCGCGCUGGAAGACCGAUGGGCGUUAAGCGGAUGGUAUCGUGUACACUGUACAGUUAUGGCUGCUGCCGGUAUCGUUGAACAGAGGUGCGCCGUUGGACGGGCCCAUUCCCCCAUCACUCGCCAUUGCUGGAGUGUCGCCCGAGGACUCGUUUCGGGAAGGUAUUUUUGACCUGUAUGAGUGUGUGUAUACCAUAAGUAAGCCGAAGUCCGCGAUUGUUCACGUAGGUAUUCUCCGUCGUUAGACGCAUACAAACUAUGUACAAGCGCCCCGCCGCCCAAGUUCCCCCAUUUUAUACGAUUUUGGAUGCACUUUUUGAUGAAGUAAUUGUUCAGAAUUUCUGGAGAUCUGGUUGGAGAGGCGAGGAAUUCAUGUGUUUAAAAGUUCAUCUCAUUGCGUUGAUGUAUUAGGAUCAUAUUUUGAGGUGUUUUGCUGGGUAGCUGGCGUAUUAUUUCAGUCGAAUGCGUUUUUUGUGAAAGCUGAGAUCGUCCGAUGAGAUUCAAUAUCGUGUGUCUUGCCCACCCCUUUUCCCCUGCAAUGUUCGGAAUGAAUAAACAUUUUUGAAUAA